AUGGACGUUGAAUUCAAAGUAAUCUGGCUAAUAUGCCUACUUUCCUUACCUUUCGAAGGCAGUGCGCAUGGAAAUAUCACAGCUAUACGCGAAAAAGUAAAAGAAUUAAAUGAACAUGGCAAUAUUGAGACAAACAUAUUUAUUUACAACAAAAGUGAAGUGCAAAUCCAGGAAUAUAUAAACAAAGGAACUCCAACAAUUUUGGUUAAUCGACAAAAAACGAAUUUCACAUUAAUUUACAACUACAAUAAGAGCCUACUAGCCAUCGUUUUACUAAGCGAACAGAACAAAACUGAGUUAUUGCUUAUAUUAAAUGAGCUAUUAAUGCGCUUAAGACAUCUAAAAGUGCUACUCAUACUACCAGCCACACUGAGCCAUGAACAAUCUCAACUCGAGCUCUUUCGUUGGUGUUGGCAAUCUGGUUAUACGCAGGUAAUGUCAUUGAUGGCGCAUGAAAAUACUCUAACACUGACCAGCUAUUCACCCUUUCCCGCUGUGCAUUUGGUAGCCGUUGAGCGUACGGCAGAUUACUUUCGUUCGAAUCUACCGCACGAUUUUCAAGGUCAAAUACUCCGCACGCCGCUCGCGUACGAUCCGCCAUCGGUAUUCCGUUAUACAGAUCGGUACGGACGCCAGCAGACGUCGGGCAUGAUGUAUAAAUUAUUUCUACAUUUUGUUCAAAUCCAUAAUGCGACCAUCGAAGAGGUUAUACUGCCACCGCCAUAUCCGGGCACGCUCGUAUAUGAGAAUAUAUUCGAGGCAAUGAGAGCGGGUAAAAUUGAUAUUUCGGUGCAUGUUUACUUUACGGACGUUGCUAAGUGGCAUGUCAGUGAAACACCAUUUCUAUUUCCACACUACUUUCGUGUGCCAUAUGCAAGACCGCUCGCUUCAAGAGAUUAUAUCGUGAGACCCUUUCGCCCGGAGGUGUGGCGUUUGCUUUUCUCGUAUUUGCUUCUUGCGGCAAUGCUCUUCACAUUUGCCACAGUGAUUGCGGUAAAAAUUAAACGGCUGCGGCGCAUCGCUCAGUGCCAGCGCAGAGGUGAGAUCAGGAUAAAGCAGAAGAAAUCCCUUUCCUCACUGAAUGGACAGACCUCCAAGGUGCGUCUGUGCUUUCUUCAACUGCGUCGAACACUUCUACGCUAUCUAUUCACGCUCAUCGAUAUUACAAUGGAAUUAUUUGCCUUACUUCAGCAGAGCUCCAAUUGCUAUGGUUACCAAUAUCACAAUCACUUCUGCCUGACGCUUAUGUACGCCUGUCACAACAUGCUCGCCUUCAUUUUGAUCAACUACUACAACAAAUUGAUCGUUAGUUUCCUGACAACUGGCGUCUUCGAGGCACAAUUGAAUAGCGUCGAAGAUAUCUUGGCAUCACCUUAUGCCAUACAGUUAACUAGAACCGAUACACCAUACUUCAUCGAUGAUCCAAGAUUGUUGCGAAAGGUAAAAAUUGUUGAUCGCAAUGAGUUAUGGCAACAACACAUCAGCCUCAAUAAUUCUGUCAUUUUACUCUCAAGCAUGCUUUAUUAUAACUUUUUCGCUGCUCAACAGGAUUAUUUACGUGCGAAGCGUGUGCGCAUAUUUUUGCAGGAGGUCAUUUGGGAUGUUUCAUGCGGCAUGUUUAUGCCUUUGGAGUCGCCAUAUGUGGAGCCCUUGAAGGAAACUUUGUUAUGGUCAUUCAACACGGGACUGAUAAGCAAGGAUUACCACGAGGCAAAGUCUGAGGCCUUCACAGCGGGUAUGUUGCAAUUUAUGCGGGAGGAGAACGUUUGGGGUUCCAGUCUGAAAAUGGACUUCUUUUGCUGGGCUUGGUGCGUGUGUGCAGUUGGCUAUGCUUGCGGUGGCAUCAUCUUGAUUUUUGAACUUAUUUGGCACAAGAUGGUGAAGUGA